AUGGGAUCAUCAACGAGUGGAAAUUGCUCGUCGAUUUCGAUAACCGGUUUAACAAACUCCGGUUCGGAGUCAGAUCUCAGAGGGCAACGAGAUUUGAUCGACGAGAGGAAGAGGAAACGGAAACAGUCGAACAGAGAAUCGGCGAGGAGGUCGAGGAUGAGGAAACAGAAGCAUUUAGACGAUCUCACGUCUCAGGUCGGUCAUCUACGGAAAGAAAACAGCCAGAUCGUCGCCGGAAUCGCCGUCACGACUCAGCACUAUGUUACGAUCGAGUCGGAAAACUCUGUUCUUAGAGCUCAGUUGCUUGAGCUUAACCAUCGGUUAAAUUCCUUAACCGAGAUUGUCGAUUUCGUCGAAUCGUCUUCCUCUGGAGGAUUUGGGAUGGAGACUGGCCAUCAAGGAGGAUUAAGCGACGGCGGCGGCGGCGGAGGAGGAGGAUUAGGGUUUUUCGACGGAGCUAUGAAUUUAGGGUUUUAUAAUCAACCAAUCAUGGCUACUCCUGCUACUACUGGUGAUGUUUUCGACUGUUAA